UUUAUCUCAACCUGUAAAUAAUCCCUGAAACUACUACUUUUAAUAACGAAAAACUUGGCAGGAAAACAAGAUUUAGCUGUUUGUUUUUGGCAGUCACCUCUUCAAUUUCUCCAGCGUGGAGUAGAAAUGGAGUACGCAAACAAAGUAAUUGGGUUUGUGAACAAAGCAGCGAGCAACAACACAGUCAUCAACAGCUUUCUGGGCUUUGCAUUUGUAGCCCUGAGUGUCAGAUCAUUUAACCAACAGAAAACUAUUGAAACCCUAGAGACCCAGAAAGAAUCUUUGCUCAAAUCUAAUAAGGCCAUUAAGAAGACCAUCUGGGAGUGGAAACAGCAGCUUUAUGCUCAGCCUCAGGGGGGUUUUGCUCUUCCUGUUGAUAAGAUUAAGCCCAUUUUUGGUGAUGCCCCCACACCCGCUGCUCCCCCAGCUGGAAGUCCCGUCAAUAUAGAGAGUGGAUCACCCCAAAAGAAGAUAUUGAUAUAAAGUCCUUUUUCUUUAAGAUAUUCCUGAUGAGAUCUCAUUAGAGAAAUUGACAUUAGAACUUGAAAAAUAUAUUUAGAUUUAAUAAGUUUAUGUAUUAACUUUGACUCUAAUACGAUUCUCUUCUUUGCUUA